AUGAAGACCGAACAUAGCUUGACUGAGUCUCUCAGAGAAUACAUGAACCACAAUCCAACAAGGAAAGACUUGACAGAUGCUCUCACUCCUCGAACAAGAGACAUAAAGCUAACGAAAUUGCAACCAUCUCAAUCCCUAGAAUCAGAAAUUGAAACGCUUCUGUCAUUGGCAAGAAACGGUAUCGAACAGCACAAUGAGCCCGUCGUUUUAAUCAUCGAAUGGGAGAAAAGAACUCACAAACUCAAAAUGAACUACCCGUACCACGGGUUUGAGACACUAAAAGAUCCUCCGGCUAUGAAAAUCGCCGUUCUACUAAGUCUCUUGAGCCGCAUCUCAGCGAUCGCGAAGUCCCGCGAUAUUUGCACGAUACGAGACGUUUUUUACUUGAAUGUGGAACUGUACAAAAGCCAGCAGAUCGUCUCGGAGUCGUUGCGUGACAUAGCAGAAUCGUUCCAAUUGUCAGAUCUUAAUGCACUGGGUAUCGUGGCAGCGCAAAAAGGCCUGUGUUGUACGCCCGUGGAGCUGAGUUUCGACAUUGAUAAGCUAAUACUGAAAAAUCAAAAGUCAUUGGUUCCGCUUAUGACCCCGACUACGGAGCUUUCCGGCAAUUGGUCGCUUGUGAAGCGUGUCGUGGUUCUCGAAAAAGACGCCAUUUUCAGCAAACUAGCCGAAAAUCCACUGAUCAAUCAGCAAUGCAUACUCGUAACGGGGAAGGGCUUUCCAGAUUGGCUUACGCGCCAUUUCCUCUACAAAAUGAUGCUUAGCUGUCCGCCCACAGUGCUAUUCGAAAUUUACACCGACAGCGACCCUUACGGAAUUGAAAUUGCUUUAAAAUACAUUUACAACGACGUGAACACGGUUUACCAAUGUCCACGACUCGUUUACCGGGGCGUCAUGAUUCAAGAUCUGCUUCAAAGUGGGGAUACGGUCCACCGAGGUCUACAGCUACUUGACUUGUCGGCGCGCGACCUGAGCUACGCAAUGAAUCUACUAAAACGCCUCGUGAACACAACAUUAAAGGCUUCAAAGAAACGACUCUUGAUGCGAGAAGUACAACGUCAGAUGUUUUACCAGAAGAAGGCCGAGAUGAACACAGUUCAUGGCGCCGACUUUGCCAAGUACCUGGUCACAAAAUCAGGUACUACUUGA